AUCACAUUACAUGUCUCAGUUAAACUUUACAUUGUAUUUUAUAAUAAUGCUCAGUGAAAUUUCGAAUAUAAAAGUUGUAUAAUUUUCUUGCAAUCUCAUUGAUACAAGAAUCGACUGCUUGUCUGACCUUCCAGCCCGCAAAGGAAAAACCAGCCUAAUACAGGUACCUUUGGCGGCUCAAUGGUAACCCUGACACCAAGGUUGAUGACGUCGGUCGGUCGUAACACAAAGAAGAAGAUUGGCACCGAAACCAUCAUAGAAGUUUACAAUUUCUUUAGGUACACACACACACCUAAUGUUCUACCUUCAGCAUCAUAGAGCCAACUGCAGAUGUCAACAUGGAGUUGAAACUGUCAACGCUUCAGCUGCAAACUUGGGCAUUUUCUCUCAGAUAAUGCAUCCGAUGAACCAACGCGCUCGUCAUAUGACCAAACCGUACAACGAAUGGAUGAGGCAAGGCUGAAGCAUGAUGUGGGGGGAGGUGCCGGCUCGCCGUCUCGGCUACCGUCUCAAGAUCGGCCUCGUGGUCAUAGUCAUUAUGGUGCUGGGCUUCUUCACUGAGAGUCAGGGUACAGCUCACUAUGGGGAAGACAGUGUGGGCUCGUUUCCAUACUUCGAGUACAAUGUCCCGAGGAAUGUGACCACCGUGGUGGGCCAGACAGCUUUCCUCCAUUGCAGGGUGGAGCAGCUUGGUGACAAGGCUGUCUCGUGGAUAAGGAAAAGGGAUCUCCACAUUUUAACGGCUGGGAUACUCACAUAUACUUCAGAUCAGAGGUUUCAGGUGAUCAGACCAGAUAAGUCGGAGAAUUGGACACUGCAGAUCAAGUUUCCACAGGAGAGGGACGCCGGCAUCUAUGAGUGUCAAGUCAACACUGAGCCCAAGAUGUCCCUCGCCUUCCAGCUCAAUGUUGUUGAGGCCAAAGCUCACGUCCUGGGUCCUGUGGAUCUAUACGUGAAGACCGGCAGCUCGUUGUCUCUCACCUGCAUUCUGAGCCAGGGACCGCAUGACCUUGGCACCAUAUUCUGGUAUAAGGGAUCAAAACUAAUAGAGUAUAAGGAGGUAGAGGCGAACGACAUAAUUGAAGAGCCGAGAAUCAAACUGCGGACAGAAUGGACGGAGCAGCUUACGUCAUUGCUGACUAUCGAGAAGUUGCUGCCGAGUGACAGCGGGAACUACAGCUGUGUACCAACUAUGGCUGAAGCUGCUUCUGUUAAUGUUCAUGUUAUUAAUGGCGAACAUCCAGCAGCAAUGCAACACGGCAACGCAAAUACGGCAUCCCCCUGUGCAUUGUCAGUGAACCUACUGAUAUCUCUAUACUGUACCCUCGCUAGUAUAUACACUAGUACUGUUGACGGAUUCAGAUGAAAACUACAAACUUUGCUACUUCAAAAAUGAGUGUAAAUUAUAUGGGUCUAAAUGUAAGUAGGUAAAGUUAUAAUUUGGAUGUGAUCUAAGAGUAUGUAUAAGCAAUUGAGUAUAAAGCAAAACAAAUGAAAUGGUAUAAGUAUUGAGGAGCUUGGUGGCGCAGCGGUUAACGCGCUUGGUCUGCGAUUGUUGAAGUUAAGCAACUUUCGCAAAGGCCGGUCAUAGGAUGGGUGACCACAAAAAAAAAGGUUUCAUCUCGAGCUCCUCCGUGCUUCGAAAGGCACGUUAAGGCGUUGGUCCCGGCUGCAUUAGCAGUCGUUAAUAACCAUCAAUUCGCACUGGGCCUGCGUGAUGGUUUAAGGCCCGAUCUCCCUAUCCAUCCAUAGAGAAGGCCCGUGCCCCAGCAGUGGGGACGUUAAUGGGCUGGUGAUGAUGAUGAUGAUGAAGUAUUGAGGGACUUUCCAGGCUACGUUCUUCAAAAACAAUAUAGAUCGCACUGAACAGAUUCCUUCGUUUAACAUUCUAAUUUCCUAAUUAACAGAUACAGGGUGUUAGUAACAUCGUAACGAAUACUCAGGGGGAUGAUUCAGACCAUGAUUCUGAGUUAAUAUCAAGUGGAAUUUUUCGUCGCAAAAUUCAUGUUUUUUUUAUUAAUUUUUUUAAUUAUUUUCAAUUCUAUACUUUUGCGAAGGAAAAUUCUACUUGAUAUUAACUCAGAAUAAUCAGCUGAAUCAUCCCCCUCAGUAUUCGUUACGAUGUCACUUACACGCCACACAAGUACAUACGGUAGCCAUACAAGUAGGUAUGGGUGUUAGUGACACCGUAACGAAUACUGAGGGGGAUGGUUCAGACCAUGAUUCUGAGUUGAUAUCAAGUGGAAUUUUCAGUCUGAAUAUUCCUGAAAAAUUUUGUGUUUUUUUUAAUUAUUUUCAAUUCCAUACUUUUGCGACGGAAAAUUCCACUUGAUAUCAUCUCAGAAUCAUGGCCUCAAUCACCCCUCAAAGUUUUCGUUACGAUGUCACUAACACCCUGUAUAUGCAUAUUUUACCUUUGUUUUUGGGGUAUAAAUGAUAAUGACCCUUUUUUACAACCAGGCACAAUUACAUCUUCCACCCAUAUUCUGAUCAAAGUAAAGAGAAACAACAUAGGUAGCAACAUAUUUCUACAAAUAAUAUGAUUGAAACAUCAAGCAACAAAUAUUUUAAUAUAUGCUUCUGCCAUUACAUUGUAUUUUGGAAUUAUUAUUUACCCGAGUAAUGAGGAAGUAGGUAAUUAUCACGUCAAAGCCGUACAACGCCAUCUAUAUUGCUUUUGGUGAACGAAGCCUGAAAGUCCGUCACUACUUUAACGAUAAGUAAAUUUAAAUCUAGAACAACAAAAAUACUUUUGUGUUCGACAGUUUGGUAGUUUCCUAAAUCAAAGAUAAAUUAUGAUAUUCUGAUUACCAACUAAAGACAGAUCUAAAGGUGACAAAACAUGUUUUCUUUUUCUAUUUAACUUUUUUAGGUAUUAUUUUAAUAAAAAAAAUGUAAUAAUAAUUGCGACAUGUUCACAGGUUGCUUUUCCAUACAAAUUCCAUAGUCUUUUCGUGUUUUUACGUUUAGUAAAAAGUAACUAAUUUGACUAGUUGGAAACUACCCUACGGUGUCGGUCAAGUUGAUACCAUAAUAUAACUACGGAGUUACGUAACUCAUUAGUUAUAUUAUGGUAUUCAGUUAUUAUGCGUCACUCUGUGUCACUGUGUCACCGGGUUGAUUCUCAAACAGGAAUCCCCGAUAUCGGAAUUGCACCAAUAAGGUUAGUAAUAAGUAAAAUUGUCACCAACGCAGUUGGCUUGACCAUUACUUAUAGACAGCUAUACGGCUCACCUUACCACCCAUCCUGUUGGUCUACCGGAAAGCUCGGUAAAGCAUGGGUAAUUAUUAACUCAUCUAUGUAAGUACUUCUGACUACCCAAAUUGGACAUAGUGAGCUUGACCACUAUGCCAUGCCAUAUUAUGUUAUGUUAUGUCAUGUUAUUAUAUUAUGCGUUAUAUACCUUGCUUGUAUAUACUCUAAAGAUUAUAGUAUUUUAUGCAACAGUUGUAUAAGAAGGGUCAAAAAAUGCGAGUGGCGUGAGUUGCGAUGUGAGCCUUGGCGAACAUCGCAAUAAGAGACGCCACGAGCAUUUUUUGACCUAGUUAUACAACGUUGCAUACAAUACUUUUUCUACGACGACGUAAUUUUAAACGAAACACAAAAAUUUUCCAAUUUAUUUUCCAACGCGCGGGAAAAUGGCGGCAAAUGUAUACUUUUUUUUUAUAGUAUAUCUAUGGCACCAAACAAAGUAAAGGUGCCAGUUUCCAGGUCAAAAAAAAAAAAAAACAACAACAAUGCUUUUUUGGCGACAUUAUAGUACAGUUACACU